AGCGCCUCCGCCCAUUUCCCUCCAUGCGUCACUUCCGGUGCGGCGCGGGAAGGCGCCGGAAGUGGUUCCAUAGUGGCCGCGGCGGGGGGAGUUCGGCGGCGCCAUGGCGGAGGAAGUCCAAAAGCAUUCUGUGCACACACUUGUGUUCAGGUCUUUGAAGAGAACCCAUGACAUGUUUGUAGCUGAUAAUGCCAAGCCUAUCCCAUUGGAUGAAGAAAGUCACAAGGUGAAAAUGGCAGUCAAGCUGCGCACGGAGUACGGCUCAGUGCUACACAUGCCCACUCUCAAAGAGAACCUGAGGGAGAAAGGAGGCCCCAACACUGGGGAUCCCUAUGGGCACAAACAGUAUUCUGGAAAUCAAGGACAAGAAGUUGAGUAUAUGGUAACUGGUACACACCCAUACCCAUCUGGGCCUGGUGUGGCUUUGACAGCAGAUACUAAGGUCCAGAGGAUGCCAAGUGAAUCUGCAGCACAGUCCUUAGCUGUAGCACUUCCUGCUUCCCAGUCCAGGCUGGAUGCAAACCGGACAGCUGCUGGUGUGGGUGACAUUUACAGGCAUGCUGGAAUAUCUGAGCGUUCACAACCUGCUGGGAUGUCUGUGGCUAUGGUGGAAGCUGGUGGAAACAAAAAUUCUGCACUGAUGCCAAAGAAGGCUCCAACCAUGCCGAAACCUCAGUGGCAUCCACCUUGGAAACUAUACAGAGUUAUCAGUGGUCACCUGGGCUGGGUGAGAUGUAUUGCAGUAGAACCAGGAAAUCAGUGGUUUGUUACUGGCUCUGCUGACAGAACCAUAAAGAUUUGGGACCUUGCUAGUGGCAAAUUGAAAUUGUCUUUGACGGGACACAUCAGUACUGUACGAGGGGUGAUAGUAAGUGCAAGAAGUCCAUACCUCUUUUCUUGUGGAGAAGACAAACAAGUGAAGUGCUGGGAUCUUGAAUACAAUAAGGUUAUCAGACAUUACCAUGGUCAUCUAAGUGCUGUCUAUGGCUUAGACUUGCAUCCAACAAUAGAUGUGCUGGUGACAUGUAGCAGAGAUUCAACAGCACGAAUUUGGGAUGUAAGGACAAAAGCCAGUGUGCACACUCUGUCAGGACACACAAAUGCAGUAGCAACUGUGAAGUGCCAAGCUGCAGAACCACAAAUUAUUACAGGCAGUCAUGAUACUACCAUACGGCUCUGGGACUUGGUGGCAGGAAAAACUCGUGUUACUUUAACAAAUCACAAGAAAUCUGUAAGAGCAGUAGUGCUACAUCCAAGACAUUACACAUUUGCAUCUGGUUCUCCAGAUAAUAUCAAGCAGUGGAAAUUCCCAGAUGGAAACUUCAUUCAGAAUCUCUCUGGUCACAAUGCUAUUAUAAACACACUGGCUGUAAAUUCCGAUGGUGUUCUGGUCUCAGGAGCUGAUAAUGGUACUAUGCACCUUUGGGACUGGAGAACAGGAUACAAUUUCCAGAGAGUACAUGCAGCUGUACAGCCGGGUUCUUUGGACAGUGAAUCAGGAAUAUUUGCUUGUGUUUUUGACCAGUCAGAAAGCAGAUUGCUAACAGCUGAAGCUGAUAAAACCAUAAAAGUAUACAAAGAAGAUGAUACUGCGACUGAAGAAACCCAUCCUGUCAGCUGGAAACCAGAAAUUAUCAAGAGAAAGAGAUUUUAGUGCGGCAACAUACUACUUCUGUAUUUUUGUUUUGGCUUUCCUGAGAGCAUUCAGUCACAUUUUGUUCUGCCUAGAACAGCAGAACAAGAAGUCAGCUAAGUCAUUGCUAUUUCAACAAGUUUUAUAAUAAAUUUUAUUUCUCUUUCCUUUUGUCUUUUUUUGUUGCGAUUCCAGCAAACCAAUUGAAUCUUAACUUUGUGGAAUAUGCAUGGUUCAUGAAAAAGAUAGGUGUGCAGGUGGUUAUUUUUUUAGACUUACACUCAAUAGAUUCUUAUAAAGAUAUUUUGAUGAGCUAGGUUUUCUGAAACACCCUUGCUUGACCUCAAAAGUUAAUUGCAAAUUUAUGCAUAGAAGUCAUCUCCUGGAAGUUCCUUGGGGCACUUUCAGAUUUUAGACCAAUAUUGUUUAUUGUACAUAGGCUAAGUCUGUACUAAAUUAGAGUUACAGAAUAAUUUAGAAACAAGCAGGACAACACAAAAUAAGGUAGUUUGCUUUAGGAACAUGGCCACUGAGGAUUGCUGGUGCUGUGUUAUUGGAUGAAAUGGAUCUUCAAAGUGUAUCUUUCCCCAGGAAAGCUUUCUAAUGGAAGCACUCAUCUUCGUUUAUGUUGUUUCAGAGUGGGUCUUCUGAGCUAGGACCGCUGUUGAGUCAUUUUGUUUGCAGGACCGGUUUACUUUCUUUGUAGAUGAACUGUUUGUUCUUUUCAGUUAUCUAAAGCAUAUAUGACAGUAGAGUGCAGUGAACUUUUAAAAGUCAGCUCAAGGAAAAGCUCUUAAGUCAUUUAAGCCUUAUUUUACAGGUUGCUGUCUUCCCGUGAUCUUAGGACAGAAUUUAAAAUAAACUGUUACUGAAAGAUAGUUCGUACUUCUGAAGAGACAAAUCUUUCAUUGGCUUUACAAAUAGUCAUGUAACAAGCAGUAAACAUGCAAACCUCCUUGCUACUGCUUAUCUGUGAAGUCUGUGCUGCUCUAAAGUAAUUUCUCUUCACAGGGCAGUGGAGAAAAUCAUUGUCAUCUGGCCAUUCCGUUAUUGGCAACUUUGCUGGCAGUGUUAAUUGCUGCAUUGGCAAGUUUUACGCUGGGUAUAUGCUGAGAACUAAUCUGUGGCCUCAUUGAUACCAAGCAUUGAUGUCAAGCAAUUCAUAAUAAUUUCUAUUCUCUUCCAGUUUGACUUCUUUCAAAUCUAGGAUUUGUGUUAGAGAAAUGAGUUAUUUGUAAUUUAAUUUUAACAAAAAGCUAGUAAAACUAAGUGUUGUUUAUCUUA